AGAAGAACCUUAAACCAGAAGGAGAAGAAGAACCAGCUGUUGCCAUUGUUUCCUGCUGCGUUUACUGACAACCAGGUGGAGGUGAAACCGGGGUUUGUGGCGCACAAUAAGUGAGGAAUAUGCGCUCACUUGUCGGACUAAUCUGUGUUAUCACUGCAGCCAGCUUGUACCUGUACUCACUGUCCCUCUACCUUCCCGCGGGACCCCGACGACGUCCUCGUCCGACCGCCGACGGGAAACAUGUGGAGACAUCAGAGUCCGAGCAGCCUGACAGCUCUGAAGAAGACAGCAGGUUAAAGUUCCCUUCAGACUUGGAGGAGCUGAGGGAACUGGCCGAGCUCCUGCAGUUUUACAAGACAGAGCACACUGGAUAUGUCCUGCUACUCUUCUGUAGUGCAUAUCUCUACAAGCAGUCCUUUGCCAUUCCUGGAUCCUCGUUCCUGAACAUUCUCGCAGGAGCUAUAUUUGGACCAUAUGAAGGACUGCUUCUUGCCUGUGUUCUCACCACCGUGGGCUCCACCAUGUGCUACCUCCUGUCCCGGGCCUUCGGAAAACACUACAUUGUUAACCUCUUCCCUGAUAAAGUGUCCAUGCUGCAGAGGAAGGUCGAGGAGAACCAGGACUGUUUGUUCUUCUUUCUGCUCUUCCUGAGAUUCUUUCCCAUGACUCCCAACUGGUUUCUGAACAUGUCUGCCCCGAUUGUCAACAUCCCCAUCACCUUCUUCUUCUGCUCAGUCUUCAUUGGCCUCCUGCCAUACAACUUCAUCUGUGUCCAGACAGGCGCCAUGCUGUCUGAGGUGUCUUCGCUGGAUGACUUGUUCUCCUGGGAGCGGCUGCUGCAGCUGCUGGCCAUCGCCUGCAUGGCUCUGCUGCCCGGCGCCCUCAUCCGCCACUUCAGUCAGCGGCGUCUCAAACUGGACGUGCAGCCACAGAACGGGCUCAUCCCAGAUAAGAAGGUCCAGUGAUUUGUUCUGGGAGUGAGUUUGUUCCCUGGUGCUUUGAUGCCCCCUGUGUGGCGACUCUACAGAAAACCUUUUGUGAAAAAAAGGUUUAUUUUUAUCUGGAGUGCUCUACAUUUCUGCAGCCACCUGGCGAUGGAAUUGCAGCUUUUAGAAAAAUAAGGCUGGCAGUUCAGUAUGGCACAGUGAGAUUUGAAGCCAAGUAUUUUGUGUUACCAAACACUGGUGUUUCUGUGCCAUAGCAUGCACAGGAUAUGUAUAUAGAUGUAUGAAUGUACAGUAAUCAUACGGAUUGAGUGAAGGGUUUUAAGGUAAUGUUGCUCUUGCACUCGUGGCACAGUAAUAGUCCUGCUUCAGUGUAAACAGCUGGUGUUUUAAGUGCCUGUCAUGCAGUCAAACGUCUACCUCCAACAUGGAAAUGUAAAUAUAACAGCCUACCGCUGUUUGUAGUGGCUGGGUGGUUUAGAUGAUUAGGGAUUGUUUGUGUUUGUGAAACACUAACUGUUUGCAGCAUAUAUUGUACAACCUGAAGUUGUAUUUUUGUUGUUUGACAAUCACAUUUUGCAGUUUGGAGGACAAUUUGUACUAUUUUUCAACGUGUUUAAAUUGUGUAAUUUAGAGACCAGAGUUUGACCUCAAGAGUGCUGUGUUUGGGAGUAAUUUUAGGUAAUGUAUUAAAUUACAUUAGGACUUUUGUGACUAAGUGUCCAUGUCUCUUUUACCUUGUCAGGAUCUCUAAUCAGCUGGACUUUUAUCUGAAAGGGAAUUUCCCGUUAAUUCAGUCAGUGUGAGGCCUCUGUUAAAUUGAGCCUUAAUAUUGAUUUGAAAUCUUUCUCUUUGCUGCCUCUUUUUACGGUCCAUGUGUCUUUUGUACAGUAAUGGUCCAACAGCAUGUACCUGGCACAAAGUGUUAUUUUAAAACUCUUUCUUUAUGUUGGUUAAUAUUUAAAAUGAUAUGUCAGCUUUCUGUUUACUUAAAGAUGUAAACUCUGUAAUUCCCAGUUUGGCUGGUAUAUUUGUGUUAUGUCAGGUCACAAAUGAUGUGGCACCUUUUUAUUUCAGAGAUGAAAAAAACGUUGAAAUAAUAAAACAACGGUGAAGUACUGUU